AAGGCCGUGAAGUAAAUACAAAUACAUAUAAGUUUGUUUUACUAAAAAAACUGUUUUUAAUGUGAAAUUGUUGAAUAAAAUUGUACGUGCAACAUAUUUACAUUGUGAUUUACCACUUUGCGUGUUAGUUUUUUUAUUUCGACCUGAAACCAUAAAAAUGGAAGAAGUAAUUCAGAAUAUUGCUAAAACUGUGGAGAAGCAGUUGGACAAUGAAAUUGAGAGACUGGAUCAGCUGGAUAGCAGUGAUUUGGAGGCAAUUCGCCAACAACGUAUCAAUGAGAUGAAAGAGCGCGCUAAGAAAAAGCAAGAGUGGUUAGCCAAUGGCCACGGCACAUACACAGAAAUCGACGGCGAAAAGGACUUCUUCGGCAUUUGCAAUAAGAGUGACCGAGUUGUUUGUCACUUCUACAAAAACGAUACACCGCGCUGCAAGAUAGUCGACAUGCACCUUAAGAUUUUGGCUCAGAAACAUGUUGAAACACGUUUCGUUAAGCUGGACGCGGAGAGGGCACCGUUCCUUACUGGUCGACUCAAAAUCCGCGUGAUCCCCACCAUAGCACUGGUGAAGGACAAUAAGACCAAGGACUUCAUUGUUGGCUUCACUGAGCUUGGGAAUAGGGAUGAUUUUGCCACAGAUAUGCUAGAAUGGAGACUGGCCAGGUCAGAGGUAAUAGAAUAUUCUGGCGACCUUCUGGUACCGCCAGCUGAAGCGAGAAAGCAACGCGCGCUGAAUGUCCAGGCGAAGAAGACCAUACGGGAUCGAGGAGAUGACUCCGACUCGGAUCUUGACCUUAGCGAUUGAUUUUACAUAUACAUACAAUAAAUAUAUAUAUAUAUAUAUAUAUACACACAACACAGCAAUACGUGGAAAGGGCCUUUAAGGUUGUUCUCACACCGUACCAUCGCAUUCAGAUCACACACAGCCAGAGAUGGGCAGUGGGUUUUAUUAUUUUUAACUAAUUUCUGCCCAAAAUCGUGGGCGGAAACGGCGAUUUCUUACUUUCUUAUUUGCAUGUCCUCAUCACUUUCUUUCUUUCUUUUAUAGGUUAACGACCUGAAAUAAAAAAUCAUUCGAAAUAUCAAAAUCCGAUAAUAAUAUUGCAGACAAAAACAUUUGAUGGCAAAACGGACCACGUGGUCCAUUUUACCCGUUCCAUUUUGCCUUUUAAGUAGGUAUGUAAAUAGUUAAAUAUUGCGAGAUUAAUUUAAAUCAAAAGUACUUAGAAACGAAUAUUAGUUGCAUAAUAAAAGUAAAGGCUAAUCUAAAUUUGCUUUUUUUUUACAUCAAAGUUCUCUAAAAAUAACUUACCUUUAUAAAAACGUGCGCUGAUGUCCCCUCCGAGACCACUGACCGUAAAUGAGAGAGAGGCCACUACCAAGUAUAAGUAAGUCGGUAAUAGAUGACACUAAUAGUUUCAUAGUUAUAGGUGCGGUCCGUUUUACCUCCCGUUUUUCUACUCAUUAGAAAUUUCGAAGGAAAAGAUCUUUUUUAGACGAAAAAGAGACAACUCCACACAAUACCCACCUUGCAAUCCUGUGGAUUCUCACUAUUGAGGAUGCACGAUUCGAUUUCUAUGAAGGUCGAUUCAAGUGCAUAUGAUCAAACGAUUUUUUUGUAUCGAUUAUUUGAAUGCGAUUUACACGCGAAUCGAUUAAAUAGAAAGGCAAUCGAAUACUCUAGAUCUGAAAGCAAUAAACAUUUUGUAAUAAUCAUUAAGUUUAUACGUAAUAAACUUCAUUUACAACAAAUAUUUAGUUAUCAACAGUUUUUUCCCUCGAUUUUGAGAAGUAAUGGAUUUUAACUCGAUUUAAACCCGGCGUUAACAAACCGCCGGGUUACAACCCAGGCGCUUGCUAAUCUCUGCACACAGCUGUCGCAGCGCUAUCGUGCAUAAUUGCGAUAACCGCGUGUGAUAAUGUGAACUACUCCAUACAAAGUCGAAAUGUCGCUGUGUGAGAACAACCUAAAUAUACCUAGGUGAUAUUAUGUUGGCACCGCAGAACAAGAUUUUUUGUACAAAAUUGAACCGUGUAGAGUUGGUGUAAGUGUCUGUAUAAAAUUUACGACUCUUUAUGCGAGACAAAAAAAAACCUUCGCGUCGCGAGAAUGUUUUUUUGGUCUUUUGGUUUUUUGUGGUCUUUCAAACAAUUUGUUUAAGACCUACGAAAAAGAAUCAAGGCCAUCUUUGAAUAUAUAUUUAAAAUGGCGGAAAUUAGCAAUUUGUCUAUUGUUUUGCAAUUGUAUUGAAUUAAAACCUUCUCCUUAAAUGCCUUCCUUAAAUUCUCAGUUUAAAUGCCUUGAAACUAUUACAUGUUUGAAACUAUUUUAGAUCUGUAAUUUCUAAAACAAUUAAGAUUGCGUUCCCACUAUGUCGUGACGACAGAUAGUCGUGCAGUUUACAAUGUCGUGGUUUGUAUAUUUAAAUGAAGUUGUUCACAUAUAGAACGACACGAUUAACUGUCGUUUCGCGAUUCGUUUGUCGUUACGACGAUUUUAAAUGAGACGAAAAAAUCGGUUCAUAAAUGCCGGAGUAAUCGCGUAACACACAUUAAAAAAAAACAGUCGAACUGAGAACCUCCUCCUUUUUUAAAGUCGGUAAAAAAAAUGUUGAAUUAUGAUAACAAUGCACAUAUUUCCAAGUUAAAAAGUUCUGGUACGUGUGGUCUGGUACAAUGCUCAUACAUUGUUAUCAUAACCCAACAAUUUUUUUGACAUUCCGCUAAACUUGAGUACUAUUUUCGCAUAAGAACAUGUGGUUGGAUACCCCGAGAUCAGACCCAAUGCUGGCACGUAUACUUGUGUCUUUAGUUUCGCUAGAUAUUGUAAUAAAUAAAUACCUUACUGUUACCAUGGACCAAUAAAUUCAAGAGGAUUGCUUAUCUCUAUACCACAGAUCUCUGAAAAAGUUCAAAAUUCUUUUUUUUUAAUAACAUCAAGUGACGGGACGAACAAGUAGUGCACCUUAAGGUAAGCUACACGCCAUAACAGUUACAGUGCCACUCAGAGCUUUAAAUUGCAAAGAUCUGAGGGGCACUAUCACUGCGCCUGUCGCCCUGAGACAUAAUUUGACAAUUACCUUGUGCCUGUGCCACUCGGAGCUAUGGCACCCGCGAUACAGGGUUAUCCUAGUGCGGGGGCUAUGAGUGAGUGCGUUGAAAAAAAAAUUGCACAAAUUAGUUACAGAAACAGCUACUUGGUACUCGUCGCGACAUCUGGUGUACCAAUGGGUACUAAAUACCCGACAUCGCCAUCUUGUAUCGGAUUAACAGUCCCUUUAAGAUUUUGGUCCAAGAUGUUUGUUACUAAUAAUAGAAUUUUUAAACAAAUUAACAGCUGAAUAAAUAAGUAUUUUA